CUCGCGCCAGUUUUUGCACAGUCCAUGCCGUCUGUUGAGAAGGGUUGCUGUACAUUUAAUACAAGGAAUAUCAAAUUGUGCAACUUUCACCAUUACAAGAGCUUCGGCAUUUCUUUCUACACGGGAGCAAGUGUGUGAGGAAGUUCUGAUCUGCAAGUAUGGCUCCAAAAGACUACGCCGCUGAGAAAGACAAGUGCAAGCGCUUCCUUCAAGAGUUUUACAGUGAGGAUGACAAUGGAAAGAAGGUCUUCAAGUAUGGUGCCCAGUUGGUGGCUCUGGCUCACAGAGAGCAGGUGGCCCUGGUAGUGGACAUGGAUGACAUUGCAGAUGAGGACCCCGUGCUGGUGGAGAGCAUUUGCGAGAAUGCCAAGCGCUACACAGGCCUGUUUGCCGAUGCUGUGCAUGAGCUGCUGCCAGAAUACAGGGAGAGAGAGGUGGUGGCCAAAGAUGCAUUGGACGUGUACAUUGAGCACCGUCUGAUGAUGGAGCAGAGAGGCCGUGACCCUGCAGACACCCGCGACCCCAGAAACCAGUACCCCGCCGAGCUCAUGAGGAGAUUUGAGGUGUACUUCAAGCCCCCCAGCACGGCCAAGCCCAAGGUGGUACGCGACGUGAAGGCGGAGAGCAUCGGCCAGCUGGUGACGGUCAGAGGCAUUGUGACCCGUGCCACCGACGUCAAGCCCAUGAUGGCCGUGGCCACCUACACAUGCGACCAGUGUGGCGCAGAGACCUACCAGCCAAUCCAGUCGCCCACCUUCAUGCCGCUCAUCAUGUGCCCCAGCCAAGAGUGCGUCACCAACAAGUCCGGUGGCCGCCUCUACCUGCAGACCAGGGGGUCAAAGUUCGUCAAGUUCCAGGAGCUGCGCUUACAGGAACAUAGUGACCAGGUGCCCGUGGGUAACAUCCCUCGUUGCAUGACCGUGUACGCUCGUGGCGAGAACACCAGGGUGGCACUGCCAGGAGACCAUGUGGCCGUGGCCGGAGUCUUUCUGCCCCUCCUCCGCACGGGCUUCAGACAAGCCGUUCAGGGUCUGCUAUCUGAGACCUACAUGGAGGCUCACAGCAUCACACUGAUGAACAAGACUGAGGACGACGAGCUGGGCACUGAAGAACUGAGCGAGGACGAACUGCGACAGAUCACAGAGGAUGACUUCUAUGACAAGCUUGCGGGCUCCAUCGCCCCAGAGAUCUACGGCCACGAGGACGUGAAGAAGGCCCUGCUGCUACUGCUGGUUGGAGGAGUGCAGCAGGCCCCCAAGGGCAUGAAGAUUAGAGGCAACAUUAACAUUUGCCUCAUGGGAGAUCCUGGAGUGGCGAAGUCCCAGUUGCUGUCCUACAUCGAUCGCCUUGCUCCUCGCAGUCAGUACACUACUGGACGAGGCUCCUCCGGCGUGGGUCUGACUGCUGCCGUGAUGCGCGACACAGUCACCGGGGAGAUGACCCUGGAAGGCGGCGCUCUGGUGCUGGCCGACAUGGGCGUGUGCUGCAUCGAUGAGUUUGACAAGAUGGCCGACGCCGACCGCACGGCCAUCCACGAGGUCAUGGAGCAGCAGACCAUCUCUAUCGCCAAGGCGGGUAUCAUGACCUCCCUGAAUGCCCGUUGCUCCAUCCUGGCCGCUGCCAACCCGGCGUACGGUCGCUACAACCCCCGCAAGACCAUCGAGCAGAACAUCCAGCUGCCGGCGGCGCUGCUGUCCCGUUUCGACGUGCUGUGGCUGAUCCAGGACAAGCCCGACCCCGACGCCGACCUGCGGCUGGCCCAGCACAUCACCUACGUGCACCAGCACUGCCGCCAGCCCCCCACACACUUCACCCCCAUCGACAUGAAGCUCAUGAGGCGCUACAUCUCCAAGUGUAAGAACAAGCAGCCGGUGGUUCCAGAGGCCCUGUCCGACUACAUCACAGCAGCCUACGUGGAGAUGAGGAAGGAGGCGCGUGUCGGCAAGGACACCACCUUCACCUCCCCCCGAACACUCCUCUCCAUCCUGCGUCUCUCCACCGCUCUGGCCCGUCUGCGUCUGGUGGAGGUGGUGGAGAGGGAGGAUGUCAACGAGGCCAUGCGGCUCAUGGAGAUGUCCAAGGACUCCCUGCAGGCCGACAAGUCAGCCAACACCAGAACCCAGAGGCCUGCUGACGUGAUCUUCUCCCUGGUUCGUGAGCUGGCAGGCGAGGCUGCGGGCGGUAAGCGCGGCAUGGUGAAGCUGGCGGAGGCUGAGCAGAGGUGUGUGUCCCGCGGCUUCACCCCCGCCCAGUUCCAGACGGCACUGGACGAAUACGAGGAGCUGAACGUGUGGCAGGUCAACCAGGCUCGCACCCGCAUCACCUUCGUGUGAGAGAGAGGGCUUACAAAACCGGAUCUGUUGAUAUUAGGACUGGCCCGUACAUACACCGAACACACACACCACCAGACUGUGGACAGAAGGAGCACUGGCAUUGAGAAGUGUGGAAGAACACUUAAUGGAGAAUAUCAAUGGUGGAAAUCGGUCUGUUUUUUCCUAUCUGCUCAUGGCAUUAUGUAAUCGUUUCUGCAGCGUCAACAUGCCACAACGGGAAGGAAGAAUUGUGGGAACUCUGGACUUGUGGGAUUGUGGUUUUCUAACUUUUCGCUACCUGCAAUGAGUGAUUUAAUCUUUCUUUGCUUGGAAGAACCUGUGCUUUCUGUAAAAUGCUUUUUGCCUAUGAAAUAAUGUUGAUAAGUUUUAUGAAAUAAAGUUUUUGUGUAUGCACACAA